AUGUCCAUCGCUAAUUACCUAGUCGUUAUAGUUGUCGGUGGCCGCGCCCCGUCUUUAGUUAAUUACCCGCCUCAAACCGACCGAAUAACUACCGCCGUCUUGUCCUGGAUCGGAAAGGCGUUAGCGUGGAAAUUUAUCAAUUCAAUUCAUUUUGUUGUUUUAGUCAUAGAUGCAAUCGACCAGGCAGUGAACAAGAGCUUUUGAAACCAACAACGGCCUACUGAAAGUGUCAACGUGUAGCCGAAAGAGUUAAAAGCAAGGUCUUACUUCCUUUGGCCGUGUUUCAUCCAGUUGCGCCUUGAAAUUCUCAGAACGGCUAUUGAGCACCGUUCUGAAAGUGUCGCAAAGAAAAGUAUGAUAUAGUCUGUGUGCCACGACUUGAAAUUCCACGGAACGACAUUCCGCUGUUCCGCUGCGUGCGUUCGCGAAGCGUCUUUAGAAUAUAAAUCACGAUUUCAAUUGAUUGUUAUUUCUGUGGGAUAAUAAAAGCCUUAACUCUACUGAAAUCGUGCAAAGUGCAGUGCCUAUGCUAGCAUUCUGCAAAAAAAAGUUGCAUGCAUUCUGCAGAUCAGAGCUUUGAAUUUUGCCCAGGAGAACCUCGCAUUUUGCAUUUCUUUUUGGGCUCACUUUUGCACAGACUAAAAAAAGUGCAAAAUGCGAGGUACUUCUGUGCAAAAUGCAAAGCACUGGUUUGCAAAACGCAUGAAGCUUUUCUGCAGAAUGCCGCCAUACUCUACAGAAUUUUUGAAAAGUGCAGUGCCUAAUGACUUUAGUCGAGAAGAGUUGAAACAAUAAUCGUCAAGAAUCAGUUUAGUUUAGAGCUCGAACUUUAUGAAUUUUCGCAAAAAGCCAGAAUUUUUGGCAAAAAUUUGUGUUUUUAGAUCAUUCCUGGAGGUUUCAGUAGGUUUUGCUUUUUUCGGCUUUCGUCAAAGUCCUAACGGCCUCAAAAAGAUAAAUCUAAACCUUUUUUGAGUCUCUAAAAAGGCGUCAAAAGUUUCUCUGAUUUUUUUCUUCACCUUCUCCUUUCUUUUCUUCUAAAAACGACUUGUUCGAAAAAAACUUUAAGACUUUUUUCAAAAAGUUCUUUUCAUGUCCUUCUAGACUCUGCCCGGGUUAAAAAACGAAUUUUAGUGACUAAACAUUUCACAAAACACCGAAGCGCCGCAAAAAAGAACAGACAGAGCUGGCUGGCGGGUCAAACUAACCGUAAUGACAGGGUUUCUGGGGAAUUGACAGAGGCCGACUGUCUCUCUCUCUCGCUCUCUUAUUAUAAAAACAUGGUGACAACAAGUGGACGCAUCUUUCCUUUCAUUUUCCCGGUUCCGACACUUGGCGAAAGUCGGCUACCGUCACUGCAUCCCAUCUUGGUGUCCUCUCAGUUUUGCACAUUUAGUUGGUCACCUUGAACCUUUUUCGGAGAGUGUUUGGAGAUUGAAGUCACGGGCAAAGUCUAAACGGCCUCAAAACAAAAAGCUUUUUUAUGUUCGUAAAAGGUUCAAAGAAUCUAUUUUUUCUCCUAAAAAGGUCAAGAUAGCCUGUUAGACCUUUUUUUCCUGAAUUUUCUUAUUCUUCUGGAUUUCGCCCGUCUAGGCUCUUUCUCUGAGCCUUUUUUCCCUACUCUAGCCGAUGGAACUUUUUUGAUCGGCUCUCAAGCUUCCCGUUUGCCUACUCGAAUUUCACACCUUUUCUGCUUAAAAAAAUCUCGCAAGAGACUAAAAUUCCUCUUUUUUUGGAGAGAAUAAAAAGGUACUUGUAGUAUAGUCAGCUCUUGUUCAAAGACGCAAAUUCAAGUUGAGCACCAGGAAAAAGACUGGAUCUUAUAACGAGCCUCUACGUUUUUCCUUUAAAAAACUAGCGGCAAGGAACUUCGUAGAGAAGUUGGAGUAAGGAAGACGCUUGUCAACGUCUCUAGCACACAAUACGGUGGAAAGUUUUUUACGACGACGAGUUGCGGAGGCAGCCGGACGGUGAUGGAUGCGUGGAACGUCGUCGGCGGUCCGUUCGAUCAUCCGGCACGCGGUGACCGCCAGACAAUGACCGAUUUGCUUGUGCCCCUCGCCUUCACCAUAUUCGUUCCUUCUGAUCAUCGCAUUGUUCUCCGGAUUUUAAUACGUGAACUUUUCAUUUUCCUUAAGUGGAUAACUUAUUAUCCAGGAUAAGGCAUUUUCAUGGUAUCGCUAACAUUUCCUGGCUACCGUAGUGCCUCGCGACGCUUUCAUUUUCAUAAUUUUUUUUUUCGUUUCACACCUCCGUUCGAAAUUGGCAUUUUCUCCAAAGAGCCUACUGUAAGUUUUUUUUUUCCUCUUUUAGUUUUGUAUUCAUUUUCAUUGAAUUUACAGAAAUGAAGUGCAACCCGAUCUGUAUCGAAAAGUCGAGAAAAAUUCUAAGAGGUCUUUUUUUCCGAAAACUAAGUUUGCUUACAUUCCAACACUUCCAGGAUCCCGAUUCUUUCUAUCAAAUAGUGCAUUUUCAGAAGAUAUUGGUUUUUAAAAAGAUCUCUCUUGUUCACGACCAUGAAAAUAGACCAUUUGAUCCGACCACAGUCAUCCACUUUUUUGGUAUUGCAUCUACUUUGAAGGGGCUACCUAUCCAACACGGACAAAGUUCGAACGGCCUCAAAAAGAAGGAUGUACUGCUUCUUUUUGAGCUCCUAAAAAGUGUCAAAAGCUUCUUCGAAUCUCCUUAUGUACACCCUUUCUCCUCCUUCUUUUUCUUUUCUUAGGGCCUUCUGGACUUAGUCCGUGAACUCGGGUGACCUUCGAUCUUGUCGGCGCGACUCAAAAAGGCUCCAUUAAAAACUACACGCUGAUAAGAGUCGACGGGGUUGUUUCCGUCGGUCUCAACGGCUCUUCGGACAGCAUGUAAUAACGCGAGGGUCUGACCCGACUUUUAUCUCCGUCCUUGUCUGUUUGUCUUAGAAUUUUCGCCGACCACGAUUAUCCAAGCCUAUCACACCACCUUGGGUGUGUUUUGUAAUUCUUUCUUUUUUUUUCUGGGACUACAGAAAAUAUUGGGAAAAUAGCCUCACUCUUCCGAACUUCGUAAUUUCUUCUCGUGAACUGUUGAGGGCGUUUCUCCGCAUUUUUAUUGACAGUUCAUUUCAGUUCAAAAAAGGCAAUUAGACGUCUGGAAAAAAAGACGCUGGCCAUUUUAUGUGGUUGGUGCGACCUCAGACUUUUUAUUGUCCGCUGAGCUCGUCAAUAUUUCGUUCCUUUGACGUCUCGACCCUUCUCGAAAGGUAAAUGUGGGUUUUUGGCUUCUUCUUCUUUUUCUUCCUCUCCUUUUUCUUCACAUGGCAUCCGAGUGGACAAGCGAAAUAAUAUCGCUGUUCUCACGACCGCCUGACGCACCUUCGCAGGCCCUUUGUGACUCACCCUGUCGGCUCUUCUUUUUUGAAUAUUCCUCAACCUUUGUUCCUUUGCUUUUGAUAUGAACUCACUGAAGACCGUUUUUUUUUCACUAAUUACAUCUCAGGAGCAAAUUGUAUGCUCUCGCUACAGCACUGAGAAGUGUCGGCUGUAAAAAUGGCAUUUCCAAGGAGGGACGGACAGUUGCGCAACAGGCACCUAAAACACAACCCUAUACGGAGAAAAAAAAACGUCCACUUAUUUCUUUUCUUCGCCCACAGCUGCGCGAACACCUGAACUAUAUUCUUCUUUUUUUUCGGAUCUGCGCAAGAAUUUUAUGCCAGCACUAAAUACCCACAUUUCUUGUUCAUAUUUUGAUUGACCAUUCGCUUGAACCCUCACGAAAUUGGUCUUGAAGCGAUCGAAAAAGAAAGUUUAGAGGUGGGGUUCUCUUUUCCCUAUGAAAAACUAUAUUGAGAGGUUCGUAACAAAGAAAUGUUUAUAGGAAUGGUUUCAGUGACAGCUAAGCAUUUUUCAACUCAAUAGACUAUAAGGUUAGCGAAUCGUUCAAAAUUUUCCAAGUUCACAAAGCUCUUCUGAGGCCUCUAAACUGACCAGUAGGUUGAAGUCUUUUUAAGGAAGCCAAAAUAUGGAAGUUGAAUGAAUAAUUAUUUUGACAAACACUGAUUCCAUCUCAACUGGAAAUCAUUCAGACGAGCACUUAACUUGGCACAUGAGUGCCUGAAACAAUGGGAACGACUGCCCACAGAUGUCCCCAUUGUUUUUCUAGGUGGUUCACUGGCUCGCGGUGUUUAUUGUGGUGGUUAAUUAUCUGAAAUCGACUCUCAUAUACCAUUAUUUGGAUUCCCUUUGGCGGUUUCGUCCUUCUCUCCUUUUUUGCCAAUCGCUAGAAAAUUUUAUGAUCCUUGUCUUGCCAUGCUUCAACUUGGGAGCAAACAAUUAUUUUUUCAUUAAACUCACGGUCAGGUUGGAUCUUCAUUUUCUUCAUUAUUUUUUCCAGCAGUUUAUGGUGAAGCAGUUUAUUCGCUGGUACUACCAACGGGCCCACAUUAUUUCCCAACGCUAGCUGUCAUUCCGGGACGUAUUGGACAACGAUUGUGGACCGUCACCCGCGCCGACGACUAA